AUGAUGAAGAAAAGCUCAUUGGCGAACAUGCUCGGCGAGUUUGUGGCCCUACACAAGACGCCAGACUUUCGACUGUCGACCUCGUCCAAUCUUGAAGUUAACGAAGCCGUCAGAGAAGAAAAACUUCUGCACAAACUCAGCGUAGGUUCUUCUCACUUCAAAAUGUUUUUGAAACUAAUAAAAAACCAGUUAAUUUAUUUUUUAAUAGGGUGACCGACGUAUUCAGUUUAGUAAGAUGCUUACAUCGAACAGAGCUGCGAUUGAGGCACAGAACAUGUAGAAAUUGUUUGCAGAUUAUUAGAAUCAAUAACUAACGUAAGAAAUUCACGGUGCUGGAUUUCCUCUCUUUGGGCUGAGAUUUGCACCUUAUACGCUGUUGUCAGGCAACUUCUUUGCUAAAACUAGAAUUUAGUGUCAGAAAAAAGAGCUUUUUUUAUUGAAAAUUUUGUUUUGUGACUUACCUUCCUUUUUAAAAUUCUUGAACGGGUUCAUGUUGCGAGGGAUGAUUUUUUUCUUUUUGCUUUGAAUCUUUGUAUUAUCGGCUCUAAUUUUGAUAGUAAUAUACGGAAGAACUUGUAGGCAUCUCUCGAGUUCGAAGUGCCCAAAAUCGUCUUGAGGAACACCUCAGCGAGAAAAAAAGAGCGACCGACCAGUUUGAUCGACCGUUUCAUGCGCCGCAAAAACACUUCGAAAAAUGAGGUUGGUUUUUGCUCUCUCAGGUUCCCGACUAGUUUGCACGGGGACUAAGAACGCAUUAGAAAGAAAGGAAAACGAUUUUUAUUUUUAGGCUGUGUCGAAGGGCGAGGCGAACUCGGAAAAUGUGAACAUCCUCCAUUCCAGGCGAUCUUCGACCGUUUCAGAACGCCUCAACAUAGCCAUCACUCCAGGAGAAACGUUAAAUCCAUCUAUCCACAUUGUGAAGAACUGA